AUGGUGACCACUGACCAGAAAAUUCCUGCUUUUGCUAGUCUUUCUUCCCUCCCAUGCUUUGAGGACUUCAUUAAAAAUGAAAACUUUCUUACCGAGGCUGUAUUAGAAGAUACCGGAGCUGUCUCUUGCAAGAACAUUAUCCAAAAUAUAUAUGAAGAGGCCAGAUUUGCAAAUGAUAGAUUCGCAGGUCUUUCUAAGCACAUGGAUGAUUACAUCAAACUUACUAUGCAAGCUUUACAGGCGGCAAAGGAUGAAUUUGUUCGUCUUCUUCAUGUCGGUGAAUCGUUGAAUCUUAAUAUCAAAAGUUUGGAAGCUCGUAAUCAAGCUCAAGAGUUUGAGAUUUCUUCCUUGCAAAGAGAAGCUGCGAUCCUUCUCUCUGCUUGCAAUGAUGCUACUCAGGAACUCCGAGUCAAAAUUCCUGAUUUUUUGUGUUUAGAUUCCAAACUCGAAGAUUUUCCCGCCGGGGUAGAAAUGAAUUCGCCUGCUUCUUUUCAAGGCGAGGCAACAAAAAUGGAUGUUAGUUACUUCGCCCAAGCAGCUGAUAAUCUUUCUCUCACUUGUAGAAAAGUAAUAACUCAGUCUCAGAAUUUAGCGAAAAUGAAUAAAGAAAUGUCAGUUUCCAUAGAAAACUUGAAGCAUAAACUGAUAAAUGCCGAGUUGACUGCUGAAACUGCUGUAAAUGAGAGGAAACUGAUUCAAGAACGAGUUUUGAAGUCGGAAUCGGACAUUAAAGGGCUUCAAAAUGUCUGCAACGAGAUGGAAGUUAAACUGAACGGUUACCAGUCGAAAGAAGAUUUGAUUAACGAAAAGGAAGCCGAGUUAAAACGGCUCGAGCUUUCUCUAACUGCAGAAGAUAGAGGAGCUGGGGAUGUAAUUAUCUCUAAAGAUCAGGUAGAAGUCCUCCUCAACAAAGUAAAUAACCUGAUUGCUCAGUCUGACUCACUGGGUCAAGAAGUAUAUUUCUUGAGUCCUAUCGACAAGCUUUUUUACGUCGUCGAUAAGUUCUCUGAGUUACAGAAAGAGGUCUAUUCAUUGAAUUGUGAUAUCGAAAAUUUGAGGAAGUCUUCUGAAUCUAUCAGUGCUGACCUUCAUGAUCUCGAGUUGAUGAAGUCAGAGCUGAGUGAGUUGACAAUCAUUUUAGAAAAGAUUACGCAGAAAUUUGUCAGGAGCCAUACUAUCGAAGAUCUGAAACCGGCUACGGCAAUAGAGUUAAUAGGAGCUCUGGAGAAGCAGAUGAUCGCCAUGAAUGUGGAUCUUGAAAACUCCAAAUCUGAAUUACGCAAUCUUGGAGGCGAGUUGCGAGCAAAGGAUGAGAUUGCCGACGAAUUAUCAGGGAAGAUUAAGUAUCUCGAGGAUUUGCUUGCGCGGAUUCAACAACCAAUUGUUAAAGAAAGGAGUGUGUUUGAAUCUUCGUCGGGGAUGACGAGGCCAGAGAUUACGGAAAUCGAAGAGGCGGGACCUGUGGGAAUUAGCACAAAACCCCCUGCUGUCUCUGCACAUGUGAGAACAACAAGAAAAGGAUCAAAUGAACAUCUUGUUCUUAAUAUUCAAUCUGAGUCUGAGCAGCUGAUUACUUCCCAUGAAACUGACGAAAAAGGUCAUGUAUUUAAAUCUCUGAAUACAUCUGGACUGAUACCAAAGCAUGGGAGAUUGAUUGCAGACAGGGUUGAUGGAAUUUGGGUUUCAGGAGGCCGGAUACUGAUGAGCAAGCCUGGGGCAAGGCUGGGUCUUAUAGGAUAUUGGAUAUUCUUGCAUCUAUGGCUAUUGGGCUCUAUUUUAUGAUUCCGAUGGAUCAUACAUUGUAAAAAUAUAAUGUAUAUCAUAAUUCUUUAUUAUUAUUAUUUUUAUAUGUUAUAAACAGCCCGAGUCAAUUCUUUCUUUUUCU